UGUACACACAGACGUCAGUUAAAAAAAGUAACCUUUUCUUUUUUUUUAAUUUAUUAAACGGCCGUCAAAAUAAUGAGACGUUCUUUUCUUUUUUUUUUUUUCUUCUUCUUCUUCUUUUUCAUCAGCAAAGAUUAAAAAGGGAAGACAUGUCGCAUAAUUUACAUCCUCCGGGGUCACCUUUAUCACCACUGUCCCCACCUUCACCUUUAGCAAACGACCAACGUACGAUUUACAAUGUGAUUUAUUCUGCCGACAAUCCUUCUUCGUUUUACGGUAGUCCUGCUCACCUCGUCAAGACUGGCGGUUGUCCUCAUCUAUGUCAGUUAAAGCAAAGGAUCAAGGAAGGUAAAAGUGAGAACCUUUUGGAAAAUUAUCGAGCCUUGGUUCGUUAUUCCAUUGGUUGGCAUAAGAGUAGAGAUAGGAAGCGUAAAUCCAAACAGCAGCAACAACAACAGCUUCCGUUACCUCAAUGCAGUACUUGCUCCGACCCACUCUCUCGUUUACAUGCGUGUCUGCAUUGCAUCUAUAUCGGAUGCUGGAAAAAGGGACACAUCAAAGAGCAUCAACAGGAAAAGAAGCAUACAUUUGCCAUGGAUUUUGAUCGACACACUUUAUUUUGCUACGAAUGUAACGACUAUAUCUACGACGCCGAAAUCGAUGAAAAGAUCGUUCGCGGUGAACUUCUUUACAAAUCUAGAAAGAAGAAACGUAUUCAGUAUACACCAUGGGAACCAACAAAUGGAGAUGCAACAGCAUUGACCCGUCAUGCAUCCAUCUCAUCCUGUCAAGGCAUUCGCGGACUUUGUAAUAUGGGAAACACCUGCUUUAUGAACGUCAUCCUUCAAAGUCUGGUUCACAAUCCUUUAUUAAAAGCUUAUUUUCUCAGUGAUCGACAUAACCCCAAACAUUGUCAAAAGGAGUUUUGCAUGUGCUGUGAAAUGGAUAACCUCUUUGCGCAGUUUUACUCGGAGGAUAAGAAGCCGUAUGGUCCAUGUCGAUUCUUACAGUCAAUGUGGAUGAGUUUAAAGGAACUAGCAGGGUAUGCACAACAAGAUGCGCACGAAUUCUUUAUCAGCGCAUUAAAUAAUAUUCAUGCUGGAUGUGAUGGUCAGAAAUUAUCGAAUUGUGACUGUAUUAUUCAUACGACGUUUGCAGGAUUGUUACAAUCCAAUGUCACAUGUCUGCGUUGUAGAAAUGUCACCACCACCUGUGAUCCCAUGCUGGAUAUCAGUCUGGGCCUGAGACCUGUGGAGAAAAAGAAGAAGAACAAUCAUACCAAGGUUUUACCCAAUGGCAGAAGAGUGAGUCUGGAUGACCCUAUUCGGUCCAAUAAACAGGGUAAUACCUUGUUGGAUUGUCUGGAUCGAUAUACACAACCCGAGAAAUUAGGUCCUAAUGAAUACAGCUGUAGUAAAUGCGGCAAUACCUUCCAGGAAGCGACAAAGCAAUUGUCUAUUAAACGUAUACCUCCCGUGCUUAGUAUCCAACUCAAGCGAUUUGAACACGGUACCUCAUCCACCAACAAGAUUGAAACCAAGAUCAAGUUUCCUGCUGAACUUGAUUUGACACCCUACACUGCGAAUAAAAAGAAGGACGCAGAUAAUGUAUAUACACUUUUCGCCGUUGUCAAUCAUCAGGGCAAGAUGGACACGGGCCAUUACACAAUGUUUGCUAAACAUAGAAACGAGUGGUUUCGAUUUGACGAUCAUCAUGUCACUGUAGCCUAUCAAAAGGACGUUCUCGAUAGUAAAGCGUAAGGUCUUUUUUAAAGUGAAGAUGGUUGUUUGCAUCACUCAUGGUUACUCUUUUUUAUUAGUUACAUGUGCUUUUACAUUAAAAAGUCCUUGGAGUAUAGCCAUGUUACACCUACCUUAAACACCUUUCGAAUCAAAUUCAACCAAAACCCGGAUCCGAAUGGACAAUAAAAAGAAAGGGGGAGGAAAGAUCGGCCCCGAGAAAAAAAAGGUUCUGCAACUAGACCCGUAGAUGUUACACAUAUUUUUUUUUUAGUGACUUUUUUAUAUAAAAUAAAAUAAAAAAUUCUGUCCCCCUUUUC